AAAAAAAAAAAAAAAAAGUCAAUAUGUCUCCUUCACGUCUCUGCCUUUAUCUUCUUCUUCCUUCGAAGAAGACAUCACUAAUUAUUCUCUCUACGUAGCCACCACCAUGGAUUCUAGAGCUAUACUCGAUUCCGCUUUGUUUCAACUCACUCCUACUCGCACUAGAUUCGAUCUGGUGCUUUUCUGUGGGAGUAAGAAGGAGAAGUUAGCUUCUGGAAUUUUCGAACCAUUCGUCUCCCAUCUUAAAUUCGCUAGAGAUCAGAUCUCUAAAGGCGGUUACUCUAUCUCUCUGACUCCUCCUUCUUCUCACUCUUCUUGGUUCACCAAAUCCACUUUCGAUCGUUUUGUGAGAUUCGUAAACACGCCUGCGAUUAUCGAAAGAUUUGCGACUUUGGAGAAAGAGAUUUUGCAGAUUGAGAAUUCUAUUCAAGCUAAUGAAAUUGCCAAUGCUGCUGCUGAUCCUCUGCAAUUACAAGACGGGAGUAAUUCUGGAGUUAGUAGUAAUCUAAGGAAGUCGAAUGAGUCCUCUAAGAAGGAAUCUGAGAAUGGCAGUGAGGUUGCAGGGGAGGAAACCUCCAAGAUUCAACUUCAACGUCUUCUUGAAACUAGAAGAACAUUGCUUCGAAGAGAGCAAGCGAUGGCGUAUGCACGAGGGGUUGUUGCUGGUUAUGAAAUUGAUAGUAUUGAUGAUCUCAUAUUGUUUGCUGAUGCUUUUGGUGCGUCAAGGUUAAGGGAAGCAUGUGUAAAAUAUAAAGAACUAUGGAAGAAGAAGCAUGGAGACGGGCUUUGGAUGGCAGAAUUAGCAGCUGUGAAAGCGUGUGCUCCAGUGGACAUGUCAUUAUUGGGUUCCUCAGGGAUCAUCCUCAACAAUGAAGGUGCUGCUCUAUCACUAAAUGGGACCGAGUCAACACCAUCUAAUACAGAUGAAAAGUCAGUUAAUUUAGAGCAACAUCCGUCCGGUGUUCCAAACUUUCAAGCACCAAUGGGAUGGCCGAACCAUAUGCCUCAAUACUUCUACCCGCCUCCGUACCAAGGCUAUCCAUACCCUCCUAUGCAACAUAUGCCAAAUCAAAACCAAGGAAACAUGCCAUGGCCUUCAAGGGGCAAACCUUCCAAGAAAAAAGGGAAAGGGGAUUCUGAUGGAGAUGAGUCUAGCGGGUCAAGUGAAUAUAGUGAAUCUGACUCGGCCAGCGAUGAUUCUGCUUCAUCUUUGGAAGAUCAAGGUAAAAGACACUCUCGUACGAGUAAAAACUCUCGUCGAUCAAAGAAAAACCGGAAGAAGUCAUCUAAAACUGUUAUCAUCCGUAAUAUUAACUACAUAACCCCCGAGGGAAGAAAUGGAGACAUGGAGGGAAAUGAGUUUACGGACAACGGUUCCAUCAAAGAGACUGUAGAUGCUGCUGUUGGAAUGCUCAACGAAAAAAGAGCUAAUGAGGGAGAAGUCUCUGGUGAAGAAAAACGAAGCAACGAGAAUUGGGAUUCAUUUCAGAAUAUUCUAAUGAGGCACGAUGAUGGCUCAGAUGUGCAUUCGAUGGAUGUCGUCAAUGAGGAGCAUUUCACCCGUAGAGGCUCUAGUGUGGGUGUGAAUUCUAACGGCUUGCAAACAAAGAACACUGCCUCAGGUGAUUCCAUCAUCACAACUCAGAAAUACUUCGAAAAUGGAGGAGGAGCGAGCUUUGAUCAUUUUGAAAGUGAGGAUAGUGCUCGUAGGCUUCCAAGAACGAGGGACUCGACUGAAGAAUGUAUGUUACUGCUUAAAAGAUCAGAAAUGUUAGGAGAUGAAAGCAAAGACAUGUAUAAUGCUACAAGGGGUGAAUCGUUGGUGAAGAAGUCAGGGAGUGGAGAGGAUUGGUUUACUGCUUCUGGUAAUCGUGCUGGGAAACCGGAAGUUAACUACGGGAGAAUGUCAUUUGAUGACAGCAUUUUGACAUCUCAAGGUUCUGAUAAGAGCAAGAAACAAGAAUUUGUUGAUGAUUCUUUCAUGGUCCAUUCAUCAUCGCUUGCUGCUGAUGAUCUUUAUGACUCUCGGUGGAGACCAGACAUGGCUGCUGAUAUUGCUUUAGCCUCUGAUAUUGACAACGGUCAUGCUAUUGAAAAACACGAUUCAUGGGAACCAAAUGAUCUUUGUAUGAUUCCUGAACGCAAUUCAGGAGACUCUUUGGCUAAUGAUUAUUCAAUCGAUUUCUCUGCUGAAGCAAAUGCAAGGCUAUCCAGUAACGGAACAACGCAGGAGAAAGAAGAUAAGACCGUCUCAAGCGGCGAGAAGAAAAACAUUGUGAAGAACCCGGAAACUCGUAAGUCUAGAACUCCAAGUAGAACCAGAGCGGAAACAAUGUCCAAGACUGCAAAGAAACCGACAGUAGCUAGCAGAACAAUGGCACAGAAGAACAAGUUUGAAAAGGAAGAAGAGAUGCGGAAGAGAAUAGAGAAUCUUGUAAUGGAAAGGCAAAGAAGAAUCGCAGAGAGAUCAGCCAUGACUGCAUCUCGAAAAGUUUCUCUCGAUAAAGGUUCGAGCAGAGCUCCUUCGGUUCGCGAAAGGGCUACAUAAGUGAAGAAAACCGUUGGAUUCAGCUAAACACGUUGGAGCUAGAUACUCAAAAACGCUUUUGUUUGGUCAGUUCUAAAAUUCUUUUACAUUCAUUUGGUGGUGAUACUAGCUCUCCUUGAUUUUGCUUGUGUCACACGACUAUUUAUUUAUUAUUUUCUCAAAUUUUUUCUUCUGCAUAUUGAUUUGUAAUUUAUUUGGGUAAAACUAUGAGAUUUAUGUAUUUGUAAUUUUGAUUAUAUACACAAGAUAAACAGUACCGAAUCUCGUAAUGCA